AUGAUCUAUGUAUACAGAGAGGACAUCAAUUCUGCAAUCUCGCCCGCCGGCAACAAGCUGCGCAAACUAUCCUACGUACUCCCUCAUGCAUUGAGAAGCCCGAACCUCAAGACCCUCGUCACUGUCGGCGGCGUCCAGUCGAACUGCUGUCGUCAGGCAGCAGCCGUGGCGGCGAAGCUGGGCCUCAAAUGCAUUGUGGCGCUGACGCAGGAAGUCGAUCCACAGCAUCAAAACACCGAACUCUACAAUGCCGUGGGAAACGUGCAGCUUGAACGGUUGCUUGGUGCGGAUGUCAGGAUCCUCGGCCCUUCCUCCGGAGAUGGGGUGCGGCAUAGCGCGGAAGUGGAAGGGAGGGAAUGGUCGAGAUUAUCGCACGGUUUGAGCGAGGAGGAUGCAGACGGCGCAUAUUUUCUCUCACAAGGCGCGAGCGGGAAUCCUGGUGCUGGUAUUGGAUAUGCAAAAUGGGUGUUCGAUAUGCUUGAGAAAGAAUCUGCGCUGCGAGCGGGUGGUGUGCUUCAGGGUUCGGGGAUAUUUGAUACAAUCAUUGUCGCGUGUGCGACGGGCGGCACGCUUGCAGGAAUGGUAGCUGGAUUGCGUCUAGCAGAGAGAGAUGGCUAUGUCAACCCUCAGAGGCGGCGGCAGGUCAUCGGGGUCGAGACUUUUGCUAAAGAUCCAAAGGGUCAGAGAGAGAUCGUCCUUGAUAUUGCUAAAGAUACGGCGUUAUUGAUUGGAUUGAGGAAAGAAGACGUUCGAGUCGAACAUGUUGUGGUCGAUGGCCGGUGGACAGCUGGCGGUUACGGAAUAUAUGAUGAUCUCACGCGGCAAACGAUCAAGACGGUGGCGAGGACGGAGGCCAUGUUGCUGGAUCCAGUAUAUACUGGGAAAGCGAUGACUGCAGCUGUCGAAGGCAUUCGCACAGGCGAAUUAUACGGAAAUAUUUUAUUUGUGCACACAGGAGGUAAUCCGGUCUUGCCUGCUUAUUUGGGUAUCGAACAGGACUAG